AUGGACUCGGGAGAAUCGUUGCCGCAAUCGAAACUACCGUCUAGUCGUCAAUGGACCCUAGAACAGCUGGGUAUAUCGUCCUUUGUUGAUAAAGACGGCCAAGAACAGCUGUCGAUUCGACUUGACUCAUACCCAUCAAACAAUCACCAGUUCUGCGAGGCGGUGUUGGACAAAGCAACCGGCCACUGGAUACCACGCACAUCUCAACCUGCACACCAGAAGAAGACCAAGCUUCCGCUGCGCCCAUCGCCCCAGUCACUGAAGACAGAGCCAGAAACUGAAUGCUGGACUAGCCAUCUCCCCCAAAAUGAGAAUGUUCGUUGGUUCUUGACCGCGGUUGACUGGACCGCGACCGAUUUCGGUCCCCUCGAAGACUGGCCUGUUUCUCUGAGGACCGUCGUCAGCCUGGUGCUGGCUGACAACUCUCCUGCCGUGAUCUACUGGGGGCCCUCGUUCUCUGCCUGCUUCAAUUUGACGGCGUACAACGAUGUGUGUCAGCGGCUCAACAACCGUUCUGGCAUACAAGGAAAGCGCUUCAAGGACAUAUGGGAACAGUCCUGGUCGACCUUGGAAAGCUUUUUUCGCGCGAUGCAAGAUUCCAGUCGCACCAUGAGGAGCAUGGAGGUCACAUUGUUCCCUCAGCAGCCUGACGGCCGCCUUGAAGAGACUUUCUGGAGCGGGACCCUGCUGCCCAUCCUCGACGAGCAUGGCAAAGUGAACGGCUUUUACAACCGUACUACCGAGAUUACCAAUGAAAAGGUAAGAGAAAGGAGAUCGAAAAUGCUCUAUUCCAUCAGCGCGCCGCCCACGGAUCCGAAUGGCUCGGUGUGGGAGCAUCUUUUCCAAGCCCUACGGGAGAACCCACAGGACUUUCCCAUGGCUUUUGCGUACUCUGCCGAAGACGAUGCCGCCUCCUGCAAGCUGACGCUGCAACAAUCGUUGGGCUUACCGUUGGGCGGACAUCCUCUGGUCCCCAAACACGUGGAUAUCUAUGAAGGAUCGUCUGGGUUUCUGUUCUACUACCGCCGCCUGAAAGCCACAAAUAAGCCGAUCGUGCUCCAUCAUACGGACAACACCCUUCCGGCGACAUUUCUGGAGGGAUUCGAUUGGCGUGGCUACGGCGAUACUCCCAUCUCCAUGGCUCUCAUGCCCGUCUCCGUCAGCAGCAGGUUGUUGGGGGUGGUCGUCUUUGGCCUCAACCCCCGGAGGCAUUUUCAGACGGAAGACGAGGCCUUCAUCCAAUCCCUGUGCCGACAAGCAUCGGCCUGCAUUGCAUUUGCGGUCGACCGCGAAGAGGCGCACGAACGCGCCGAAAGACUGACUCUCCAGCUGCAAGAACGUGAGCGGCAGAUCAGAGAAAUAGCUGAACACGGCCCCGUGGGGAUGGUCCGUCUUACUCCUGCUGGGAAUAUCAUGUGGGCAAACCGACAGUACUACGAGAUGACCGGCCACUCCCUCGAGGACAAAUAUGAGUUUUCCUUUGUCGAGCCUCUCCACGCCGACGAGAAGGAGCGCAUCUUGAGAAUGUGGCGCGAACUCGUGGACGAUCUGAGGCCUGUCAGCCAGGAAUUUCGCUUGCAGAGGACAUGGCGGCCCCCCGCCACUGCUGGAAACCCCCAUCCAGACGAAGAAUCUUGUUGGGUAAUGAUACACGCGUUCCCCGUCCUCGAAGACGGCAAAGUCAAAAGCAUCGUCUGCUGUGUCACCGACAUCAGCAAAACCAAGUGGACCGAAGAAGUUCAGAGUCGCCUCGCGCUCGAAGCGACCGAGGCGCGGAAAUUGCAAGAAGCCUUCAUUGAUUUUGUGUCUCACGAGAUGAGGAAUCCUCUCUCCGCCAUCACCCAACUCGCAGAUGGGAUCACGAUGUCUCUCAACGACUGGGUCUCUUCAGAUCGGUCACCAGAGGCGACGCAACAAUUGCUCAAGGAAAAUGUCGAGUAUGCCAAGACGAUAUUGCUCUGCGCGUCGCACCAGAAGAGGAUUGUCGACGAUGUCCUGACGCUAUCGAAACUGGACUCUCAACUGCUGUCGAUAACCCCGGUUGCGAUUCAACCACAUGUCGUCGUCGAAUCUGUGUUGACGAUGUUUCGAGCAGAAUUUGACACUCAUUCGAUCACCGUCGAAAGCGUCGCCGACGACACGUUCGAACGAAGCAACGUGGAUUGGGUGUCCGUUGAUCCUGUCCGGUUGACGCAGAUAUUCAUCAACCUCUUGACCAACGCGAUCAAGUUUACUAAACUCGAGGCCGUCCGCAAAAUUACCAUUCGAAGAUCAGCAUUUCUGGGCCAAGUCCCGAGCAUAGACAAUAUCGUUUGGUUUCCCACCAAGAAGCAAAGGCGACUCCCUCUACAGAGCCCCAGACGAGGUGACGGCGAAGCAAUAAAUCUGCUUUUCUCCGUCUCAGAUACGGGAAAGGGACUGGAGCAAGAGGAGAUGGCCCGGCUCUUUCACAGGUUUCAGCAAGGGACGAAGAAGACGCAUAUCAAAUACGGCGGGUCGGGGUUGGGGCUUUUCAUCUCGCGCGAACUGACGGAGAACAUGGGCGGCGAGAUUGGCGUGAUCACCGAGCCGGGGAAAGGAAGUACCUUCGCCUUCUACGUGCGAGCACAUCGAGCAACUGCUCCGGCCGACCCCGUACAGGUGGUCCCACACUCCGCUCCCUUACCAAAGUCACGGCGUACUCCAUCCUCAUUGAAGGCGAAGAUACCCGUCAGACCAUCUCCCAGCACGGCGGCAACCGAGAGGCCCCCUUCGGUGCUGCUCGUCGAAGACAACAUCAUCAACGCGCAGGUGCUCACCAAACAGCUCGAGCGGGGUGGCUGCAUCGUGUACAACGCGAAUCACGGGAUCGAGGCCCUGGACUUUCUGACCCGGACCCGAGCGUGGCACGACUACCGACCAAUCCAGAAGAUCGAGACGGCGUCGUCGAACCUGGACGUCGACAUCGACUGCAUCCUGAUGGACGUGGAGAUGCCUGUCCUGGACGGGCUGACCUGCACGCGGCGCAUCCGGGAACUGGAGCACAAGGGCAAGUUGAAACGGCACAUCCAGAUCAUCGCCAUCACGGCCAACGUCCGGGCCGAGCAGAUCGAGGCAGCCUUCGAGGCCGGUGUCGACGAUAUCUUGCCCAAGCCGUUCCGCGUCGGGGAGCUGCUGGAGAAGAUCGAGAACAAUAGGAAAAAGAGCAAAGCUGCGGUCGCCGGUGAAUGA